CAAAAAUAUGAGUUCCCUCAAAUCCAUCGCCGUCUUUGGAGCUACUGGUGAUCUCGGUCCAUAUCUUGUGGACGCUUUACUCGAAUCCAAGGCUUUUAGCACCGUCAAGGUUUUGACAAGAUCUGAAAGCUUUGAGGAAAAACCAGAAAAGUUUAAUGAUCUCAAGGCCAGAGGCGUGCAAGUUACUGCCCUUGAUUUAGCGGAUGAAGAUGCAGUAACCGAGGCUCUUCAAGGAAUUGACGCUGUUGUCAGUUCCAUUGGUGGAAGUGUUCUAGCAAGCCAGUUGGUGUGGGUUAAGGCAGCGGCUAGAGCUGGCGUUAAACGAUUUAUUCCAUCCGAAUUUGGCAUUAAUUCUCAAAAGGCGGUUGGUCCUGUAUUCGAAACGAAGAGAGCCGUCCAAGAGGAAAUCGUGAAGAAUGGGCUGGAAUACACUCUAUUGUUUGUAUCACUUUUUGCUGAUGAAACCGUUAUCCCAUUAUUCGGGUUCGACGUUAAAGAGGGAAGUGCAAGACUUGUCGGUGACAGCUCUGUGCCACUUACUCUGACAUACAGAAAGGAUAUUGCUUCAUUCAUCGUGGAGAUUUUGAAGAAUCCCUCCGUAUCAAGAAACAAAGCACUGCAGGUCAAAAGCUUGCAAACAAGCUUUGAUGAAAUUAUCGAGAGGUUCAAAGCUGUAGGAACCCCCUUGAAAGUUUCAAGACUUACAGAAGCCGAGGCACAGGAGAUUAUUGAUGCCAAUCCGAACACCGUCACAUCAUUCUAUUUCAUGUUACUGAUCAAGGCAGCACAUGGAGAUAUGUACUUUGAUACAGUUGAUAAUGAUUUGUUCCCCAAUGUAAAGCCCAGUGGUCUUGACGUUGCUGUACAAGAGGCCAUCGAGUCUGCCAAGCAAUUAUGAUUUUGGUAUUAGUUAGCUUUAACCAGGAUGAAAUAGUUGUUCUUGCAUUGAGCUUAACGUAGUUUGCAGUGCAGCAUUUCCAUAUGCAAAAAUAAAGAAGCAAAGAAGCUCGUGACUGAU